GGGACUUUAUUCAUCUACAAGGUAUUGAUGGGAUAAGUAAGCAGAACUCAGGGAUGUUUCCCUUUUCAGAUCUCUAUCUUUAAGGCAGACAGAAGAGCAUUUUGUGGAGUUGCUUCAUCUUAGGUCAUUGAGCUCUUGCUUUACUCCUAGAGUGUGCACACUUCACACAAGUUGUCGGCUUCAUUUGAGUGGUUCACUUAGUAUUUAACAAUGGGAGGCAAUGGAUCGACCAUUGAAGAGCUCACCUCCUGCGAGAUCCACCAGUGGUACAAGAAGUUCAUGACAGAAUGCCCCUCUGGACAACUGACCCUCUAUGAGUUCAAACAGUUUUUUGGACUGAAGAACCUCUCGCCAGCUGCCACUGCAUAUGUUGAACAGAUGUUUGAGACAUUUGACAUGAAUAAGGAUGGCUACAUUGAUUUCAUGGAGUAUGUGGCAGCACUCAGCCUGGUCCUGAAGGGGAAAGUAGAGCAGAAGCUACGAUGGUAUUUCAAGUUGUAUGAUAUUGAUGGCAAUGGCUGUAUUGACCGAAGUGAGCUGCUAAACAUCAUCAAGGCAAUUCGGGCCAUAAAUGGUUGCAACCAUGAAAUGACAGCAGAGCAGUUUACAAACAUGGUGUUUGACAAAAUUGAUAUUAACGGAGACGGUGAGUUGUCUCUUGAGGAAUUCAUGGAUGGCAUCCAGAAAGAUGAAGAACUCCUUGACAUUCUAACACAAAGCCUGGAUCUGACACACAUUGUCACUAUGAUUCAAACUGAGAGUUCAAAAGAUGACAAAAAACUUGAGUCCUGAAUGGAUUCCAUAUUGUUCCUAUAUAUAUAUAUAAACUCAUAUUAAUUCAGUAACAGUGGUCCCCUCCACUUGCUUCAUAAAGCAAUGAUUGUUGAUGACUGAUUAUAGACAAUAAGAAUAAAAAAAGCUUUCAAGAUGCUUGCAGCUUUGUCACAUAUCCAAGUAAAGGCUGGUAAACAGCUGGAGGGGACAGUCCAAAACCUUCAUACAUUGAAGACAAAUAUCUGUGUACGUAAAUGAUAGUGGAGAGGCUUGGACUUCAGUGGAAAGGAGUGCACGACAUUUUGGAUUGGUCAUUGGACAAAAAAUAAAAAAUAAAAUAACAGGCUUCACACAGUGAUGAACAAUGUCCAACUUUGAACUAGCCACAAGGUCCAGCAUCCCUCAAAAAAUAAAACUGAGAGGAAGAACAGAGUCUAGCACUAUGAAAAGAAGAACGAAGUAAGAGCAAGAAAAAGGCUGCAUGUAUUAUAAUCGACCUGUCCAUUGGUGUAUGCAGGGAUCACAAGCAGCAGUAUGCCAUUACCAAGGUAUUAAGAUAUAUAAACAACAACAGUAUUAAACAAACACAUGAAGAUUCAUACCACUACCACUUUCUUUUAAACUGUAUUUUACAAUUUUAAUUUAUAUAGCAGUAGUCCCAGGCUUUGGAUUAGAUCUAUUAUUUGUACACUAACACAUUACGAAACUAGAGUAUACAUAACUUGCACACAAACAUGCAUGUGUAUCCAUCCCUCCAUUCAUUUUCAAUGCACACUUGGUCAAAUUCAGGAUCAUGGGAAGCGUGACCUCUCCUGAAGACUAUGGGUGGUACUUUAGAGGGGUCCCAGUUGUAUAUCUUGUAUAGUUAUGUAUCU